UUCAAGCAUUAUGAUAUCAAUUUAUGUUAGAUUAAUCUGUAAACCUGGCACCCCUGCUGCCGCCUUCAGUGUGCUGCCAGAAUCGAAGUUUGUUUUGAUUUUGGAAAGGGUUGCCAAAGCAGGUAGAUUUAAUUUUGGCUGUUGUUUAGUGUCCAAAGAAAAUAAAAUCGACUCUGCAACCAAGAAGGGCAUUUGGUUUCAGAGUUGCGGUUUAUAGCGCGGCGAACAAGUUUCAGUGAAACUCACAAUACUAAUCACCUAUUGGGUUACGCAGUGUCUUGCCCCUACACUGAUAUGAAUCGGCACGAUUUAUCCAAGAGAUUCGACACAUAGAUUUCAAAAUAGCGCUGCGCACGGAUUGGAUAAAGUUAUUUUAUGAAAAUAAAUAGAAAAUCACUAUCAAUUAAAGUGAUGCUGCACAUGCUCUAAAAUUUUUGAAGCACUCAUGAAUUACGUAAUAUUUGCACAUCUCUUUCAAGUGGAAUACACUUGAAUAUGCCCUAAGGUUUCAUUGUAGUGAUUUUCAUGUGCCAAACACAUUCGAGUCAUCUGUUUGGUUUUUGUAAGUCAAGUGGCAGCUGUAUUGAACGAAAAAAAAAUGGCGAGUAAACACAGCAGCGGGUCGCGUUCUAUUGUAGAUGUUGCUGGAUUCCCGGAUUAUAUACGAAAGUUUUUACAAAAUUCGGAAGUAAAUGAAAGCGAUCCAACGGCAAUUUUACAACUUCUAAUCAAAUCUAACUUGGUGACGCUUGUUCAGCAAGAGGGCAACGAAACGAUAAUUUCGAUAAAGCCCGAUGAGGAUUUACCUCUGGCUUCGCGAGAAAAUUUGGACAGGGACAAUUCCACUUUGGAUUCACCAGCCUGUGCGAGCUCAAUUCUGCAGGAUUGGGAAUUUACGCAAGAGGAGUUGUUGGUACCUGAUGCUCAGCCUGUUAGAGAUAACGUUGUGUCAAGGCAAAAUCGAAGCAAUUCUACCGGAAAUAUAUCUGUGAUCUACGUGAGUAAUAUUUUUUUAUAUGUUCUAUAUGUGGAACAUUUACUUCAAAUCAAACUUUCAAUCGAGUCAGAUUCGAUGGAGUUUGAUUUUGAUGACGUACUCAAGGAUACCGUUGCGUUCGAUCGAAAGCCGAAACUACUUCGCAUUCAUUAAUGUAGGUGUACGUUUCUAGCCGAUUGUCUAUCAUGCCUAAUCCACUCAAUCGUGCCACUGCAAAUUGUGAACAACCACAGUAAUAAUGAAUUAACUUGUGCAACUUCGUGUUUUCAGUGCAAUAUAUUUAUACAUGUAACCUACGCUAAACUAGUCUAUCAUCAAUUGUUACAAUCUAGUUUGAUUUGUCGUGAAAUUUAUAUGCAUAAGGUUCAUAGAUCCAUUUUAGGUUAUAGAAUUAUAUUUAACAAUUAUAAAACCUAUAC